AUGAAUAUUUACACUGAGCCGCCCGAGUUGCGCAAGUUUUCGCAGGACAAGCCCUCUCUGCUUGUUUGCUGGUGGAUCACGUCGUUCUGCACCGUCAUCAUCUUGUUGCGGGUCGCCGGCCGCUUUAUCCGCACCGAGAAACUGUUCCAAGAGGAUAAAGUCGCUGCACUCGCUCUGAUACCGCUAUGGCUUCGAAUGGUUUGCGUGCAUUUCGUUCUGCUCUAUGGAACCAACAAUGCCCAAUUCGACAGUAUCACCCUGUCCAGCGAAGAGGUGCAUAGGAAGACAAUUGCAAGCUGUCUCGUGCUUGUCAGCCGCAUCUUCCACGCAGCGACAUUGUGGAUUUUAAAAAACACUAUUUUGGAGUUCUUCAAGCGCCUGACUGGCGUCACUUGGGCACGUUCUUACGAACAGACGCUCGUUUUCAUCCGAUGUACCUUGGUCGCAACGUUUAUCGCCAUCAUUAUCAGCGAUCUGGCGGAAUGCCAGCCAUUUAACCAUUACUGGCAGGUCACUCCCGACCCGGGAGGCCAGUGCCGCCAAGGGUUUGCGCAACUCAUUACUAUGGCGGCCUGCAACAUCCUCACCGAUUUACUCCUCGUCUUUUUCCCGAUUCCAAUCAUCUUGCGCAGCCAGAUGAACAUCAAGAGAAAAGUCCAACUCACGUUACUCUUCUCUCUCAGCUUAGCCGUGAUCGGCGUCACCAUCUACCGCGUCCCUCACGUCAUCGAGGAGCGCGGCAGGCAACAAUUGCGAUCGGUGUUGGCAUCAGUCGAACUUUUGUUUGCGACCACGGCGGCCAACGCGCUGGUUCUUGGUUCGUUUGUACGAGAUCGAGGCCUCAAGAAGCAGAAAUUCAAAUACGGCUCCGUUGGCGCAGACUCUGUGGAGCGGGGAUCCUCAUUACGACGGCCCACGCUUCACCGACACUGGGGAAGUGAUGAGGAUCUUGUGCGCGAUGUUGGUCUAGGGGUCGACACUGAUCUCCGAGAACGGGCCGGGCAAGACGAUCUUGAUGUUGAAGAACUUCGUUACACCCCUGCGCCAGUUGCCAGGCCAUUCGGCGAGGAGCUGAGACAGUGGCAAUUCCCACAGCGGCAAAGAAGCAACGCCGAACGUAGCGAUGCGUCGCUUAUACUCCACGACCUCUCUUCUUCGAGAAGUAACUCCACCACGACGCCGCGGAAGGUCUCCUUCUUCGAUGUGGGGGGCCUGUUAUCGGAAGACCAAGCCGGAGCAGGACCAGCUUUCCGUAGAGAUAGCAUCGUCUCGAGCGUGGACCCGAUGUCGGUCGAUGGCCACAGCAUACCCUCGCCGACGAUGCUCGCUCCAUCCAACGGCUUACGGCGCGGCUCAACAGCGCUCCUGCAAGACCUUGGUGGUCUCGCGGGCCCCCUCAGCACGAGAAGUCCAUAUCAGAGACCCAGGACAGGCACUGAGCUACAACCGAUCCCGCAGUCGCAGUACGACGAUCAUCCGUCGUACAACCCUCGACCCGGCGAGCCUACUCUGAGUGACCCUGGCGGUCUCUUGAAGUAG